AUGACUCUUGUGAUACGAUGUGUGGACGUUACUGUAAGCCCAAUAAAAGUUGAGGAGUUUUUCUUGGAGUUUCUGAAAGUGGAUGAUACAACAGGACUUGGUCUUUUUAGUGAACUAGAAGAGGUAUUAGAUACUCUUGAGCUAGACAUCAAUGAUAUAAGAGGGCAAGGUUAUGACAAUGGGUCGAAUAUGAAGGGGAAACACAAAGGUGUACAAAAGAGAUUACUUUAUCGAAAUCCAAGAGCUUUCUACAUGCCAUGUGGUUGUCAUAGUCUGAAUCUUGCACUUUGUGAUAUGGCCAGUUGUUGUCUCAAAGGUAAAAACUUUUUUGGGGUUAUUCAACGAAUAUAUUGCUUAUUUUCUGCUUCAACAAAACGAUGGGAUAUCAUGAAGGCUAAUGUUAUUGGUCUUACUCUUAAACCAUUAUCCCAAACACGAUGGGAAAGUCGUAUUGAAAGUGUGAAACCAUUGCUACGACAAACCGAAGGAGUUAGAAAUGUUUUACUUGAGUUGGCACAAAGCGAUGAAGAUGGAACAAUAACUAGUGAAGCUGAAGGUUUGAUCAUAAAUGAAUUCGAAAACUUUGAUUUCUUGAUGAGUUUGGUUAUUUGGUAUGAUUUACUAUUUUUUGUGAAUACUGUCAGUAAAACACUUCAAAAUGAAGACAUGCAUAUGGAUGAAGCUUUGCGGCAGUUGAAAGGACUCAUCAUUCUUUUUGAAGAGUACAGAGAAACAGGUUUUGAGAAAGCUAAAAAAGAAGCUCAACUUAUUGCCACCAAAUUGGGUGUUCAACCCGUAUUUCGGACGAGACGGGUAAUUAAAAGAAAAAGGCAAUUUGACGAGAAUGAGAAUGAAUACACACCCCAGUCAGCAGAAGAAACCUUUAGAGUUGAAUUUUUCAUGUUUGUUAUGGAUCAAGCUCUUACUUCAUUGAGACAGAGAUUUGAAGAUUUUCAAAAGUUUGAAGGACAAUUUGGAUUUUUGUUAGAUUUAAAGAAGUGGAAAUUGGUAGACGAUGAAUGUCUGAAGGCUUCUUGUGUUAAGCUUCAAUGUUUUUUGAAAAACGAUAUGGAAUCUGAUAUUGACGGGGAAGAUUUAUUUAAUGAACUAAGAGUGCUGAGAGAAAUUCUACCAAAAGAAGCAGAAACGGCAAUUGGAGUGUUGAAUUACUUGAAAGCGAUGAAUGGGAGUUUUCCGAAUGCAUGGGUUGCUUAUAGGAUACUAUUGACUAUACCCGUCACAGUUGCCUCUGCAGAAAGAAGUUUCUCAAAAUUGAAGUUAAUCAAGUCUUACCUCCGAUCAACCAUGAGCCAAGAAAGACUAAAUGGAUUAGCUAUGUUAUCCAUUGAAAAAGAUUUGACAGAAAAACUUGAUUUCAGUAGUUUGAUUAGUAAUUUUGCAGCUCAGAAAGCAAGAAGAGUUAUUUUUCAGUGA